AUGCAAGAGCUUACAAAAACAGAAGAAGCAGAGGACUCCAUCGAUGUUUUUUUCAAAAGUAUGGCGCUUACAGUCAAACAGUUUUCGCCAGAACUCAAAAUAAAAGCAAAAAUGGAUGUACUCAAAGUAAUAAACGAAUUGGAACUUAAGAAUCUAAAAUCUUUGGAUCAAACUGGCAGUACUUCCAAUUAUGUGAUUCCAGAAAAUCAAACUUUUAGUCCUCAAGCAUUUGUUCCAAUAAAUUAUACAUCCUAUUCAACACACUCCUCUGAACUUGAUGGAAGUUCUUCAGAAUCUAGAUGGACAGAACAUUUUCAUAAUAAUUAA